AUGCAAGUUAAUAGUGAAAGUGUAAACAAUAGUUGUUGCAAUGGUGGGAAGGUUCAUGUUGAUUCUAAAUCAACAAGAGAUUUGUCCAAUCAACACCAACAACAAUUUCCUCUUGAUAACUUUGCUGAUGUUACUUUGUUGUCUGCUUUACGCCCGCCACAAGCUUCUUCAACUGUUGAAAGAAAAGUAAGCAGAUCAGUUCCUAGACCAUACGUGCCUGCAAAUUCACCAAUAAACGACCACAGUAAUUUUUGGAGUGAAGGACAAUCUGGGGAUCAUUCGUUGACAGGAAGCGCGGGACGCAGUUCGUUGGGGCUCAUAAACGAUAUUUCAAAUCUCAUGAAGGACCAGUCUAAAAUGAACAAUGCAACGAUAAAUAUCGAGACUGAAAGAGAACUCGCUAGACAAUUGUUAUUGAGGUGCAGCCAGCGUGAUAAUAAUCCUGCACUAUUUGAUACGAACAAAGAGAACGAUGUCAACAUACAGAAUUUAUCAGCAACAGAGGAAGGAAAGGCCUCGCUACCCCAGCAGGCGUCGAAAUUAAAUUUUACCAGCGUAAGCUUUGAGCCAGCGGAAUUUACCGGGCGGUCAUCAAUAAUCAAUGACGGCGGUACGUCAGCAUUGACGUCUGUUCUGUCCAGUUUCAAAGGCAAUAAUUCCAACAGCUAUGGGUUUAGUUUCAAUAGCACCGCCGCCGAGUUGAUGGAGAAAUUCGGCAAUGAUGAUUUUUUAUCUGGCUCACAGUUCAAUAAUAAACUCGCGAAUGAUGAAUUGUCCUGGCGACAAAAUUUUGAUCCAAUACCGCCUUCAGCCACUGCCGGUAUUCCCGCCUCUACGAAUACCAGCAGCAAUAACAAGAACAAUAAUAAUAAUUAUAACAGAAAAGAACAUCUAGACUUGACGUGUUUUUCCGGGAUAAUCGGCGAAUUAGAUUUAUCGAUCGCGUCUUGUGCAACGGCCGCAGCUGAGGGUCGCAGAGUUUCAGUCGGCGAAUAUUUCAAAAGAAAAUGCGACCCCCUGGGUCAGUUGUCCAACAGUACAAUCACCAGCACCGAUAGGCCUAAUUUCGGGCUGUCCAAUAUAAGAAGUCCCGAGCGUGUCGCGGGUUACAAAUCACCAGUUAAUAAUAGCGAGCAAACCAACACUUUGAACGGUUCCGCGGAAAGUGGACACUUUGAACCGUCUGAAAGCUUCGGAAAUAAUUCAACGAUAAAUAGUUGCGACGAAACGCAAUUUUCAAAGACAACGGUGGCCGAUGACUUGAUGAGUCUGAGUAAAAUAGCUCAGGUGCUGCAGUCCGAUGAGAUGGGCGGCAGCCCCCGACGACUUAUCGAUCAACUUUUAAUGCUCAAGAAGAAACAAAAGUCUGAUAGCCUUUUAAUGCUGAGUUCAAACACCAUUACACAUGGAGGAGACACUUACACGGUACUGCCACCGAGGGCUUCAUUGCCUGUUAUGGACUACACUUGUUCCAGAACUUUAGUAGCUGAUGUACCGGAUAAUGAUGGAGGAAAAAAAUCAGAUGGAUUAGCGCUUGAUAAUAAUGGUGUUAAUGAUGUAAUUAAAAAAGACUUUGGGUCUUUUAAUGAUAAAAGUAAUUCUAAUAAUGACAGCGAGGCUGCUAGAGCAUUAUUUAAAAGUACAAAAGACGUUGUUGACGGUUCGAUAAAUAAUAAAAAUAGCAAAGGAAUUAAAAUAAUUAAAACGUCAAUAUUGUCACCAGCACAAUCGCCAUUGUCGAAAUUUAAAAUUAUAAAUAAUAGUAGUAGUAGUAAUAAUAAUAAUAAUAAUAAUAAUAAUUCACUGCAUAAUAAUAUUAAAAAAAAUAAUAGCAAUGAUGAAUUGUCGGUUGAAAAUAUUCGUCAACGUCAGUAUCAGUAUCAGCAGCAAAAUAAAACGGUUAUAAAACAAGAACCGGAUCAGACAAAUUAUGAAAAACGUUAUAAUGAAAAAAUAAGCAUUGGUAAAAAUACUCGUGAUUUAUAUAAAUGUUUGAUUGGCGCACCGCGAGAUGCAGACAUUGAGAUUAAAAAUGAAAGCGAUAGAUGGUUGAUAUGCACAUGUAAAUUACAUCAAAUCCAGGGUAAUAAUAAUAAUAAUGUCGAAAUAAAAGUGCCAUCAGAGCAGAUUUUAAUUGAACCAAAUGAAACUAAAACAGCUAAAGUACUGGUUAAUUUUUUAAAACUCAGUGAUCCGGUAAUAGCCUCACUUAAUAUUCAAGUAAUGGACAUGUCGACACGUGAAAUAUUUACGAAACAACAUAUGAUGUGUUUCAUUCCAACAGUAAAUGAUGAAUUUAUAAAUAAAGACAUACCGUGCAGUUCGACGUCAAUAACAACAGCAGCAGCAGCAACUACAGGAACAAACGGUGAUUGCCGUCGAGAGAUAGAAUUAAUUGAUGCACUGCCAGUUGUAUUAAAAAGCGAUAAAAAUAAAUAUAUACGCAUUAAAAAUGUAAAAAAUAAACCGGUUAAUUUGUCGGUGGCUGUUGAACCACUCGAUAAAUCGCCUCAGGAUAAUUUUAACAUUGAGCCAAAAAAUUUGACACUGGAAAUUAAUGAAAUGGCCAGUGUGUUAAUUAAAUAUCACAGUACGCGGACGAAAUUAAAUGACAGACAAGCGGUUAUUAAAAUAAAAACAGACGAUGAUAGUUAUUCAUAUUCAGCAGUAUUAGUAGUAGUAGAAAAGGACAAAGACAAAGACAAAGAAAAAAAUAAAAAUCAAGGGGGAAAAGGAGAAGGAGAAAAAGAAGGAGAGGAAGAAAAUAAUAAAGUUGGAGUUGAUAAUGAAAAUAACGAUUACUGUCAACGGUGUAAUACUCCACAGCGUAUGAUGUUUACUGGUGCGUCUGGUAGUGCCGGUACUUGGGCUGGUUCUGUUGAACACGGCGCCGGCGGCGAUAUUGUAAAUGAUGCUGGUUUAUCUCCUAGCAACAAUAUAUUGUCACCGGCAUCAACAGCGAGCACAGGGACGACAAUAGCGCCGAGAAUAAAUUUAUCUGGUAGAAAUUCACCUCGCAGUACAACAUCUACAACAACAACAUCAAACACUGGCGGUUCAAGACCACCUACAGCCGUUACAGAUGACGUUAUAAUUCCAAUAAAGUCAACACAUUCAACUUUAGUCUGGACUACAGUUAAAGUUGGUAAAUACGAGAAUCGUGAGUUUACAAUACGUAAUAUCGGUAAUUGUAAAAUAAAACUACAGGGAGUAAUUACUGACAAAGAUAAUUGUUAUAAAUUUUUGAAAGAUCGAGACUCGAGUACGAAUAUCACCGUCACGUUGCAGCGCAUGGAGAGCAAGACAUUUACGGUGAUAUUUAAUCCGUCUAGCGUCGGUCCGGCGGCUGGAAAAAUAACCUUUUCUUAUUAUGAUAAGAAGCAACAGCAGCAGCACCACCAUCAUCAACAUAAUAAUGACAACAACAACAAAGAGUCUCGAGCUUCGAGGAUAAUUCCACUUUACGGUUACGGCGGUUACGCAAAAGUUUGUGUUGGUCAAGCCCUUAAAAUAAUAGGCGAUCAAAUGUGGCUGCCUCUCGGUAAAUUGAACUCAAACGGUACCCUAAACACCAGAAUAAAACUAGAAAAUACGGGCGAUUUGUCAGCUUACGCUAAAAUAUCGUUGGUACCGAAAGCCGUUUAUCCAUCAGUUGAAUCAAAUUGGCACAUCGAACCCACGGAAUUGAUACUCGCGCCCAAAGAGGUGCAAUGGAUAACACUCGGAUUUCGACCUCGUCGAGAGGACAUGGCGUUAUUACGCGGGGCAACGUCCUACGGGGUGAGAGGGGCCUGCGGUAAUUCCAGCGGCAAUGUUACAGAUAUAGCGACUCUGACAAUAAUGCACGGAGAUGAACCCACAAGGUGGAGAGUACGCCGACUCUAUAAAAAAUUAAUAGAAACUGAGCAGGUUAAAAAAUCUAAAGAUAGCAAAGAUAUUUUUAUGGAUAUGCUACACGAAAUUAGCAAAGUUAUAACCGGGGAAAAAUCAAUAAAUAACUUGAAUACCAUACGCGACUCUGUACAAGAUAUAGGUAUUUUGUGUCGACAACUUUUGCGACACGCAAUAACGCUAACAAUGGAGUGGGAUUCCGACGACACGAUGUCGAUAUAUCAGGACGCUGAUUAUGAUUAUUACUACGAUGAUGACUCCAAUGAAUCAAAAUUAUUCCAAUCACUUUACAGCGCCAGCGAGAUAAACAACUGCACGGCAAUUACUGUUACCAAUGAAAAUAGUUAUUAUUUGCCGUCUGAAACUACUCGGUAUUUGCCCGACGCAAAUUAUAUUAUCAGCGCAAACAACAAUCAGCGAUCAUCGGCAUCAGCGUCCGACCCAACCUCGGGCGUAACCAUCGACGUGGAAGAAGACAACAAACAAUUCACCGUAUCUCCAUUAUCUGUAACUUUAAGUCCGCCAAUUUUGAAACACGCGACUGUCAUAAUAACAAACAUGACAGGAAAAAACCAGCCGUACAAAACAAAACUCCUGUCUCACAACGAGUGGAUCAGUGUUGUGCCCAGCGAGGGCAUGAUCCCUGCAAAAAGAGGGAUACUCGUUACAGUAAAAUCAAGUAAUAACACCGCCGUUGACAAAAAUAUCGAGGCCGUUUUACGAAUUUAUACAGCUAAUGAGAAACGUGAUCUCAAGAUAAAAAUCUUAACUGCCACCGGUGUUUCUUCCACCGAACCAGCUCCCGCUAAAGGAAGACCAGGAUCCGGAUCUUAA